AUGGCCGCCGAUACUGCUGCGAAGAGAGUCAAGCCUGAUCCGAGGAUCAUCGGCACCCACAAUGGCCAUUUCCACGCCGACGAAGCCCUGGCCGUGUAUAUGCUUCGUCUCCUCCCCGACUACGCCUCGGCUGCUCUGGUCAGGACACGAGAGCCUACCCUCCUUGAAACUUGCCACACAGUGGUUGAUGUUGGUGGAGAGUACGAUGCCUCCAAAAACCGCUAUGACCAUCACCAACGCACUUUCGACACAACCUUCCCCGACCACAAGACCAAACUCUCAUCUGCCGGACUCGUCUACAUGCAUUUCGGGAAGGCCAUUAUUGCACAGCAUACCAAACUGCCGAUCGAUCACCCUGACGUCGACAUACUCUACCGAAAAUUGUACGACGAUUUUAUCGAGGCAGUGGACGCGAAUGACAAUGGAAUCUCAAAAUACGAAGAUUCCCUGUUGCAGCAAGCUGGCAUUGAGAAGAGGUUCAAAGAUGGAGGGAUCACACUUCCUAGCUUAGUGAAUGACCUGAACCAUGAAGACCCGCUGGCUGUAGGCGCGCCUUCGAGGGACACCGAGGAUCAACCUCAGGCAGAAGAAGACCACCGUUUCUCACAAGCCUCUGCCCUUAUGGGCAAGGCAUUUCUCCGCAAACUCCACGGUGCUGCUACAGCAUGGCUGCCUGCUCGGACACUCGUCAAAGAUGCGUUCAACGCCCGUUCGGACGCGCAUCCUUCGGGCCAGCUUCUAGUCUUGCCUCGUGCCGGCAUUCCUUGGAAGGAGCAUCUCUACAAUAUCGAGGAGGAAGCAGGUCUUCCGGCUGACCAGACCGUUCUAUACGUGAUAUAUCCCGAAAAGGAGGAACCAGGCUCGAAAUGGAGGAUACAGGCUGUCAGCAAAAACCUGUCGAGCUUCGAAAACCGCAAAAGUCUGCCGGAGCCAUGGCGCGGUGUCAGGGAUGCGGAGCUGGACGCGGUCUUAGGCAGUGAUGUCGAGGAUGGCGCCGUUUUUGUACACGCAAGCGGGUUCAUAGGAGGCCACAAGACAGAAGCUGGAGUUCGGGCUAUGGCUGCAUUGGCUCUGGCCUCGUGA